AUGCUUCGGACAGUUAUUCUUUUUAAGAGAGUUGUCGCUGUGAAGAAGCGUGCACCGGUAGUGAAAUCAAAAGGUGCAUACACGACGCAAGAAAUCACUAAACUGCAGAGAAAGCGAGAAAAUGAGGCAGAACGAAUCUUCCUGGCGAAGAUAGCGGAGGGCCGGAUGCGGCGAAAAAAGAUUAUUACAGAGGCAUUAAACCGGGCCCUGCGCAAAGAGAAAAAGAAGGAAACAAGUUUACUGCUUCAAUACGAGGCUAACAAAGCGAAAGCCAGCGAAGAGUUAAAGAUAAUGAAAGAAAAGACCCAAGAAUCCCUAUCAGCAGAGACGGGCCCGGUAGUGGUCCCCCACACCGUACCCAAGAAAUCUUCAUCCCCGAAACCACGAAUCACCUUACGAAAGGACAACGCACUACAAAGGGAAGGGGAACUUGAAGCUGAGAGAAACUUCUUUCAAAUGAUUGAAGAUUUGAAGAGAAAACGUGACGAUGAAUUGAAAUUACUGGCAGAAAAAAAGACACAGGAACUUAAUGAGUCAAAAGUGACCAUCCCUGACAGUAGAGAGGAUCAUGAUGCAACAGGUGAUAGUCCUGAUCUAGCCACGACCAUCAAAAAUGAAGUUACCAUGGAAUCUCAAGCUGUAAAGCACGAACCUAAACGUGCAAAACAACGGGUGAGAGAGUUAAAGGAGGCAAAAGAAACUCUUCUCGUGACAACAACAGAGGAUACCAUUGUCAAUGACGUGAUGACAAAUAGAACUGAGGAAGCUUUCGCAAUAGUUAAUGAAAUAACACAGGAACCACAUCCGUCGAAAAAGGAAAUAACAAAAACAGUUAAAGAAAAGAAAGCGAAAUCUGAAACACCUCGUGAAAAGUCGCUAAGGAAAAAGCAGGUGAAUGUUCAAGUGCCUGAUGUGCAGAAAGAGGUUAUCCCAAUUGCUGCACCUACACCUAAACCUAAACCGAUGCCUAUACCAGUACCAGAGGCUACACCCACACAUACAACAGUUGUCACUCCACCUCAACCAACUGUGGCCCAGCAUCCCGUUCAUGCUUUUUCGUUGACUGGCUUCAACGAACCUCCAUUAUUCUUCCCACCAGGGAGUGCAAUGGAUGCUGGGAGGAGACGUUUAUCUGCGCUACCUUCCCUUGAUUCUCCAAUGAUUCCACUUCGUUCGAGACCUUUAGAUGCUUUUCUCCCCGUUGCAAGGGUGGUUCCAAACUCACCAUUGAGUUUUCCUCCUAAUGUGCAGCCAAUACUGCCAACUAGACAACGACAAGUUACAAAUACAGGGUUACAUCGACUUUAG